CAAGCCUUCUCUUUUGGUGGCUGCCAGGCACGGAUCGUGGAUAGAAUGGUUAUGAAAAUGCUGCAAUAAGUCAGAAAAAAAGACAUAUUAAGGCCACAUUGCGCCUGCUUUUCUACGAAUCUGAGUUGGCUACUAUUUUCACCGGUUUACUCCUUUUCACAAACGCCUUUCACCACCCGCUUUCGGUACCCCGCCUGGUUACGAAGAGCAUGGACUUCGAAGUGAUCUCUUGAUACAGUCGGACACAGAAUAUUGCUCAGAAUCGGCAGCGAAGGGCUACUUAUAUACAUUAGACACAUAUCGGAUUGACCGUGGAAAAUCAUGGAGACCCUUAAGGCGGUCUUGUUCGGGCCCGAUCCCCAGGCUCAGAUGAGAAAAUGCAACCAAAUUAUCCGUUCUAAUACCCGCCAAUUAGACCGCGACAUUGCGCAGCUCAAGACCCUCGACACCAAGACACGACAGCUCAUAUUGAAUGCGUCAAGACGAGCGGAACGGAAUCCCUCGCAGGCAAGACAAGCCACGGUGGAAUUAAAGACGUUCGCGCGAGAACUCGUUCGGAUCCGAAAACAAAACACCCGUUUGAAUACGAGCCGAGCACAGCUUCAAAGCGUCCAGAUGCAGGUAAACGAGGCGUUUUCGGUCCGCAAGAUUCAAGGAAGUCUGAAAAAGUCGACAGGUAUUAUGAAGGAUGUGAACACGCUAGUCAAACUACCAGAGUUAUCUGGAACGAUGCACCAACUCUCCACAGAGUUAGUCCGGGCCGGAAUUAUCGAAGAAAUGGUUGACGAUGCGAUUACCGAUCCUAAUAUGAUUGAAGAAGAGGAGGAAGAAGCCGACGCAGAGGUGGACAAGAUCUUGCAGGAGAUCUUGCAAGGGAAGCUCUCCCAGGCCCAAAAGCCCGAGAAGCCUCUGGAAGAAGAGCCGGCCGCCGAAGACGUGUUCGAGGACCAAGAAGCUACGCUUGAACAGAUGCGAGGACGACUGGAAGCUCUGAAGAGCUGAUUGAGGUUUCUUCAAAUUGUUACGAGACUACGCGCAAGCCUCAGGAAUGGGGUCUUUCAUUUGAUAUGUAUACUGGAGCGCUCAACGGAGUUCUGGCAUGGUAUUUGACGUUUUGGUUUUGCUAGGCUGGACCUGAUAUAUGAAUUUAAUUGUUCGAAGCUACUUUUUCCGUUUUCGGUUUCAUUCAUUCAUCACCGUUUUUCACGCCUUGCUAUCUACUUGAAACUCUUUAGUUUUGCACUGCUUAUUAACUAUAAUUAUCAUUCGACAUGAUACCGGAGAGAGGUCUGUUUAUGGUCCAUUAUGAGGGAUUACACGAUUUGAAUCGAGUCAUUCCUCUGGAAACAUACUCGGCUAUUAUGUUGUGUGGCGGGCAGAUAAAAUCAACACACUGUAAACACGAGCUCGAUGGCC